GGAUCAAUAAGUUGGUCAGAAUGUUCAAGAAAUUUUAAUAGCCAUUGAGUUUUGCCACUUCCUGUGGCACCCGAAAUUAUCAUAGUGAAAGGAGCUGUGAACAUUUUUUUAUUUAACAAUAAAUUCUUGAAAUUAUUUAUAUAGGACCUUAAAUAUGUAUCAAAAAGCAAUUAUUCAAAACGUGGUAUCUACAGCUAGUCUACUUGAAGGUGACAACAAAUUAAAUCUUAAUAAUCUUGCAGCUAAUAUUCCUAAUGCUAAAUAUCGUCCUGAGCGCUUUUCUGCACUAACAUUUAAGAUUAAAGAACCAAUAACUGCUACAGCACUACUUUUUGCAAAUGGAAGAAUAGUUUGUGUGGGAACAAAAUCAUCAAAGGAUUCUAAAAUCGCAAUUCACCAUUUUGUUAAAAUAAUUUCCGCAGCAGCCGAGUUAUUCAUAAAUAUGCACAAUUUUAGAAUUCAGAAUAUAGUUUCUUCGUUUACCUUUGGAGGAUUCAUAAAUAUGCCAGGUAUCUUAAUUAUCUUGUAA